AUGCAGAAAGAAGUGUUUGGAUUAUUUGUAAAACCAUUGAGCCGAUAUUGCAGUUUCCAGCGGGGCUACGGUCGCUGGGAUGAAUUAGCUGCCAAGUAUUAUUAUAAGAGACCGGAGGUGGAGAGGGAAAUAGCUCCUGCGAAAUUGCCAUUGUUGACUGUGCCGAACGUGAAAGAUGCUAGGAUUAGAUGUGGAUUUCGUGGCUCAGAGGUUGGGAAGUUGCUCGACGUUCUAUUGAUGGAUGUUUACAGCACGGAUAAGAGUUGGAUGGAGCAAUGGUUACAAAGGGACAGGAGCAAAACGAGUUUGGUACGCCAUGGGGAUGAGUUUCGUGUUGAUAGUGUUAGUGGGUUGGAUAAUACUGUGACGUAUUAUUUGCCCAGCCCCUGGCUGGCGGAAGCUGAAUGUGAAAUUUUGGAAAUCAGUGACGAAUCCAAACAGACCCUGAAUCAGGGCGCUGAUCAAUGUCAUUUGUAUGUGGAGAAGCAGACUUUCCCAGAGCCCAUUUGGCCUAGUUUUAUGGUGGUACCUAGAUCCGGCACUGCUUCUCAUUUUGUUGAUUCCACGGAUUCAUCAUCAGUUUCAUCUUUACAUGGACAUGAAAUUGAUCCUGUAGCGGCAUUUGAUGUCUCAUUGCAAUUUGCCAAGGAUAAAUCCUUAGUGUCGAAAUAUUUGGAGUGUCUAGACAGCACUAAUAUUUUAAAUAUAUCAAAACAAUUGAAGAUUAGACUUCAGGGUAAAGAACAAAUAUUCUGUGACUUGGAAAGAGCAGUCUUGAGAGAGAUCUUUAAGGAAGACAAUUCAGUGGAAAAAUACGAGAAAUUGAAGAACUCUAAGGCGUCAGUUAACGGUACUAUAGAAGAGUGGUCCAGAGAAGCACACAAAGAGUUGCAAACAUCUAUCGAACCUCUAUUAUCUGAUUUUGCUUCCAAACAACUUUCCCUUUGGAAAGUUUACACAUAUUCCGAAUCCAAAUUAUCGUUGAAAUUACACGAACUUUGUAACAUUACGAAUGAUCUUCAAAUGGUUCAAAAUUUAUCACAUAUUUAUGGAUCUUUAGGCAUACCUCAGGAUAAGCUAUCCAUUAUAGACCCUGAUUAUGCUAGGAACAAAGUACCUGUUUUACACAAAGAAAUUAAUAAGGCAGUUUACUUGAAUUUCUUACAGUUGCAAUUCCCACUAAUAGCUGUUUCCAUUGGAGGAUUUGUAACAGAGUUAUGUACAGCCUACUCGAUGGGAGCAUUAUCUUCGUUAGGUAUUGUUUUAGGCCUGAAACGUGUAAAGGAUACCUGGUAUUCCAUGUUAAAGCAAUUCCAAUUACAGAUUAGGGAGGAAUGCAGGAUAGGAAUUGAAAGCAACAAACAACUACUGUUGCAUAAUUGGGAGAUUUCGUAUGCCGAGAGAGAAGCAGACCUCAAAGGCAAAGUUGCUCUUUUGAAAGAAAUAGCCGACGAUCUCACGUAA